CAGAUCUCUUCGGGCGACACUCCGUGCCAAGUCGAGCCCGCCCCCUGAUGAGUUUUUGAAGAGUUCUGAAACGUUCCUAGGGGCGUGGAGCGAUUAUGAGGAGAUCCCGCCUAUUCCGUUUCUAUCGCCUGAGGAGGAGGAUUAUCUCGUUGAGGAAUUUAGCCACCAGGGCUUCAAAAACAUUCUACACCACGGGAAACCGACAUGGAACGUGGAAGUUUGCCAACGAGCAGGGCAAUCACACGCUGCCGCAGCCUGUCUUGGCCAUUUACCCCACACAUGAUCCUGUAGCCGACUGGGUCAAAGCCGCGGAACUGCUCCAAUCCGAAAGCUUCUUACCACGUCUAACGACCGCAACGGUGGAAGGUUCGCACUGGAUACAAAUGGAAAAUCCGGGACCAUUUAAUGCUGCCUUGAAGAACUGGCUGGAAGCUAACUUUGGCCGCUCGAGCCGUGCUGAGGAUGAGCUGUAAUUGUUCUGUGUAUUAUGGAUGGAUGAAAAGGAAGGAACCGACCUCGACAUGUACCACACUACUAUACCUCUGUCAUUCUGUGUACAUAUUCUCUAUCUGCUAUUUUAUAUAUGCAUUCGA